AGGCGGGCGGGAGAGACGGAGACGGGUGCGGCCGGAGCGGAGCGUGACCUCAGUGCCGGGGAGCUUCUGCUCGGCGCCAGAGGGCGGGCCGCUCGGGCGCUCCGUCCCUUCCCUCCCUGCCGAGCCCGUCCGCCGCUCUCCGGCGGCCGCGGUGGGGGAGCCGGGGCCUCACUGGCCCGCUGGCCCGACCUUGGCAUAAGUCAGAGCGCUGGGCUUUUGCUCGGGCCAUCUCCUGCCCGCAGCCCGGCCGCCCGCCCUGCGGCCGCUCCCGCUGGGUGAGUACCGCGUGCGUCCCUCCCCCAGACCGGCCCGGGCCUCCUGGCGAAGAGCCGCGGCGCCGCCGGAGGGAAGCCGGUCCGGCGUCUAGCCCCGGGCCAGCGCCCACCAGGUGAUGGGAGCCGCGGGCCUGGCCGCCGCUCGGGGCGGCGCCCCCUGGGCUCUCCUCCUGGCCGCACUGGGCGCCGCGGCGGCUCAGCCGCGGGGCGAGGAGUCCGUCUGCACCGCCCGGCCGCUGGCUCGGUACCGCGUCACCUUCACGGGCCAGUGGAGCCAGCCGGCCUUCCCGAAGCAGUACCCCCUGUUCCGGCCGCCCGCGCAGUGGUCCUCCCUGCUGGGGGCCGCGCACAGCCCCGACUACAGCCUGUGGAGGAAGAACCGGCGCGCCAGCAACGGGCUGCGGGACUUCGCGGAGCGCGGCGAGGCCUGGGCCCUGAUGAGGGAGAUGGAGCUGGCGGGGGAGCGGCUGCAGAGCGUGCACGCCGUGUUCUCCGCGCCCGCCGUGCCCAGCGGCACGGGGCAGACGGCCGCGGAGCUCGAGGCGCACGCCCGGCACUCGCUGGUGUCCUUCGUGGUCCGCAUCGUCCCCAGCCCCGACUGGUUCGUGGGCGUCGACAGCCUGGACCUGUGUGACGGCGACCGCUGGCGGGAGCAGGUGGCCCUGGACCUUCACCCCCACGACGCCGGCACAGACAGCGGCUUCACCUUCUCCUCCCCCAACUUCGCGACCAUCCCGCAGGGCACGGUGACCGAGAUAACGUCCUCCUCUCCCAGCCACCCGGCCAACUCCUUCUACUACCCACGGUUGAAGUCCCUGCCUCCUAUCGCCAGAGUGACCCUGGUGCAGCUCCCGCACAGCCCCAGGGGCUUUGUCCCGCCUGCCCCGGGCCUGGCAGGCGGGGACAACGAGGCCACGGACAGCCUCUCAGUUCCAGAAACGCCUCUGGACUGCGAGGUGUCCCUGUGGUCAUCCUGGGGGCUGUGUGGGGGUCCCUGCGGCAAGCUGGGAGCCAAGAACAGGACUCGCUACAUCCGCGUGCAGCCGGCCAACCACGGGGUGCCCUGCCCUGAGCUCCAGGAGGAGGCGGAGUGUGUCCCUGACAGCUGUGUCUGAGCCCUCGCCGCCAGGCCUUUCUGGUUGCUGGGGUCAGGGCCACAGCCAAGCAGGGAUUGCCUCACCUGCCUGUGCUCCACUGGGGACAGGCCCUAGCAGAUGUGCUGGCUGUCAGGACACGUGGGAGGCGCCUCCUGUGCGGACUUUCCUCCCAAGCACCUGUCUGGGGUGCGCACUCCUGACUGAGCUCAGGGGCCUCUGCUGCCACGCCCUGGCUGGUCACUGCCACGCAGGAGGCUGUCUUCCCUGCAGGGGGCCUGUACCCAGUGCCCCUCGGAUGCUGCAGAACCACACACCCAGGCACAGGAUCCCGCACCCCACAUGGCUGUGAAGCGCCUUGGACCUGGUCGUCCACACAGCUGCUGGCACACGGCCCACCGCCACCCCUGCUCCUCAGAGAGGCUGCCACCGGGCAGGAGACCUGUGGGAGCUAAGCGGGGCAGGCGCCGAUGCCUCACUGUGGCCUUGCCCUUUUACUGGUGUCUCUGCACUUGAAUAAAGACUAGUUGUUCCUGA